AUGAGUGCGGACUAUGAGAGCAGCGACUAUGUUUUGCGCAGCCGCAAGGUGCGCGAUAAGCCUUCGCUGUGGGACUCAUUUCAAGAUCCGCCAGCGAAGCGAUCAAGUGGCUCCGAUGCCGACUGGAAGAAGCUGCAGUUUUUCAUCAAGCUCUUCAAGCUAUUCACUUACAUCUUUGUAUGCGCCGUCGUCUUGGCCUCCAGCGUGGCAGCCAAGCUGACUUAUCUCUAUAUGGCUGGUAAUACGAAUGGCGAUGCCCAGGUGCGAGUCUGCAGCAAAUACCUGCUACUCGAUGGCCAAGUGAUGGCCAUGCCCAGCAAGCUGGAACAGAUUGCUUGGGUCUGGGCCCUGAUCUUUGCCUUUGCCGCACCGGAGCUGUUCACGUUUCUGCGCGCCAUGCGCAUCAGCAUGUUCAAGCGCGAGCAGCGACCCAACGGACUGGAAGUGGUGUUGGUUACACUGUUUGAACUGUUGCAUGUUGUUGGCCUGGCGCUGCUCACCUUUACCGUGCUGCCCCAAUUGGAUAUGACGCGUGGAGCGAUGUUGGGCUGCUGUGUGUGCUUUGUGCCGGCGCUUCUUAACCUACUCACUGGCACUCGUCUGCAUUGGAAGUCAGGGGACAUUGUUGUAUAUGGUGCCUCAAUUGUGGCAGCGUUAUCAUUGGGCAGCGUCUUCCUCAUUUGGCCAGCCAUGUCCACGCAGCUCGAGUUGCAGUUGCUGGCAAUACCUUUGAUAUUGGUCUCGUUUCGCUGGUGGGAGAACUUUGCCAAUAAGCACGCAGCGAUUGCCUACAUUAUACGCACUAUAAGGUGCACACGCUCCCGUUACCACACCUAUCUGUAUUUGGCGCCUCUGAAAAUUGUGGUCUUUGGACUGAUGGGUUUUCUGUUGCAUGGCGAGAGCUUUAUCGAGUAUUUCACACUGUUUUUCAAGGCGUGGCAAGCGCAUGCCAUAACACUAACGCACUGGGAUGGCUUGCAAGAUACGGUUAAUUUGGCACACGCGUCCAACAAUGGCAGCUCGUUAAUCAAAUCCUCACCAAGAGCCCAAUAUACGCUCCAGUCGAAUAGCAGAGCCGUCAUUUACGCGGUCCUGCUGCAAGUUGGCGCUGCGUAUUUGUGCCACAUUUUCGGCAAGUUUGCGUGCAAGAUAAAAAUACAGCAUUUCAGCUAUGCGCUGCCGCUCAGUUUGGCAACGCCAGUUACCGUUGCUGUGGCCACGAUUCUGGCACAAAUGCGUGCCUCGAAUAUCUGCUGGCUGCACGGCCUAAUCCCUGACUACCUGACGCUGCAGGCACUGGGAGAGAAUCUGGAGGAGCUGGGAACUCGCAGCCUGGAAUAUGCCCUGUGGCUGUGGCCACUCUGGUUGCUGGCACAGAUUUGGACUUGCCUGCACAUCUGGCGGCCGAGAAAUGAUCGGAAUGCACCCACCGAGAAGCUGUAUGUGUGUCCCUGGUACUGUGGCUUGCUGGUGGACCAGUGCUCCAUAAUGAAUCGACGCAUUCUCGACUGGAGCGAUGAGUACUUCGCCAUCAAGAGCGACUUGACGGAACCAAGAGAUCCUGUUUUGGCGCUGGCAUCCGACAUAAAUGCCAGUCGGGAUAUACAGGAGGCGGACAAAAUACCGCAACUGAUUGUCUGUGCAACAAUGUGGCAUGAGACCGAGGAUGAGAUGAUGGAAUUUCUGAAAUCAAUUGUACGCUUGGAUGAGGAUCAAUGCGCACGACGAAUGGCAAAAACGCAUCUAAACGGCGGCAAAGCGGAUGAUGAAUACUAUGAAUUGGAAACGAACAUUUUCUUCGACGAUGCUUUUGUGCUGGACGAGCAGCAUUGCAAGAACAAAAGGAACCCGCCACUAAACGAAUAUGUGAAGACAUUGACACGCACCAUUGACAAGGCGGCCUUCGAGAUUUAUGGCGUUAUUAUUAAAAUCAAGCCGCCAUUGAAGAUUGAGACACCGUAUGGCGGUCGCCUGGUCUGGACACUGCCCGGACGCACCAAAAUGGUCGCCCACUUGAAGAACAAGGACAAAGUGCGGCACAAGAAGCGCUGGUCCCAGGUCAUGUAUAUGUACUAUCUUCUCGGAUUCCGCAUCAUGGAAACGGAGCAAUUGUCGGCAAGGCGCAAAGCGGUGAUUGCGGAGAACACAUUUCUGCUGGCCCUCGAUGGGGAUAUCGAUUUUCAGCCGCGAGCCGUGCAACUGCUCAUUGACCGCAUGAAGGCGAUUGAUGAGCUGGGCGCCGCCUGCGGUCGCAUUCAUCCGGUGGGCCGUGGACCGAUGGUGUGGUAUCAGAAAUUCGAGUAUGCGAUUGGACACUGGCUGCAGAAGGCCACGGAGCAUGUGAUUGGUUGUGUUCUCUGCAGCCCCGGCUGCUUCAGUCUGUUCCGGGCCAGUGCUCUCAUGGAGAACAGCGUGAUGAAGCGUUACACUCUUGUCAGCUCGGAGGCCAUGAAGAUGGUGCAAUACGAUCAGGGCGAGGACCGUUGGCUCUGCACUUUGCUGCUGAAGCAGGGUUCCCGGGUGGAGUACUGCGCUGCCUCGGAUGCAUUUACCCAUUCGCCGGAGUAUUUUAAUGAGUUCUACAAUCAGCGCAGACGCUGGGUGCCCUCAACGAUUGCCAACAUCUUCGAUAUACUCGGCGAUGCCAGAACUGUGGUGAAGAAGAACAAUUCGAUAUCCACGUUGUACAUCAUGUAUCAGGCCAUGCUCAUGAUUGGCACCGUCCUCGGACCGGGCACCAUAUUUCUGAUGAUGGUCGGCGCAUUGGUAGCCGUCUUUAGCAUAAAUAUUUGGACGGCUUUCCUCUGGAACUUCUUUCCCAUUCUGCUCUUCAUUCUGAGCUGCGUUUAUCUCAAGCAGAAAUUCCAGUUGCUUAUCGCGUUUGUGGUCAGUGCUCUCUAUUGUCUCGUCAUGAUGGCUGUCCUCAUCGGCAUCAUUGUUCAAAUGCUAGAGGAUGGUCCCCUGGCGCCUGCCUCCCUCUUCUUUCUUCUCGUUGCCGUUCAAAUCACCAUCUCAGCCCUCAUGCAUCCUCAAGAGUUUAUGGCUUUGUUUUGCGGUGUCAUCUAUUACAUAACAAUACCCUCGAUGUACAUGUUGCUGAUGAUCUUCUCAGUUUUUAACAUGAAUGAUGUCACCUGGGGCACUCGGGAGGCGCCCGUGCUGAAGGACGCUGACGAUGAGUCCAAUGAGAAUGAUCACGAUAACUAUUUGCCAGGGUGGUUAAAUGAUCCGCUACUCAUCGAAUCGGAGCUGGGUGAGAUAUCACUGUUGGAGCAACGUUUUUGGAAGGAUAUGAUUCGGCAAUAUCUGAAGCCACUGGAGCUGAGCAAGGAGCAGAAGCAAACUAUGGCCGAUGAUCUAAGCGAGCUGCGAAAUAUGGUUGCCUUUGCCUUUGUCAUGGUUAAUGCAAUAUUUGUGCUGAUUGUGUUCCUGCUGCAGCUGAAGAAGGAGUUUUUGCAUCUAAAGUGGCCCAUCGAUCCCACAGAUUUUGUGUCCUUCGAUCGCGACAAUCUGCAGGUGGGCAUUUACAGGCAGUACAAGGAACUGGAUCCCAUUGGCCUGUGCUUUGUCAUAUUCUUUGGCUUUAUAUUGGUCAUACAGUUUAUAGCAAUGUUCUUCCAUCGCUUUGGGACAAUGUCCCAGCUCUUGGCCGCCACCCAACUGGACUGGUUUCGUUCCAAUGGACAGCUGAGUGACGAGGAUGCCGCCCUCGAGCUGAAUGGCAAUGCUGUCCAUAUAGCUCGACGCUUGCAGCGACCUCGGCGAUUGUUUGAUGAUGAUGACGAUGACGACGAGGAUGGGCAUCAUCAUUACGAUGAGCUGGAGUUGGGGCAGGAACGUGAGAGUAUGGUCCGUCGCCAGACCAUUUUCCGGCUGCAUGAGGAGCGUAACAAGGAGCAUAGCGACUACAGCGAUCUGGUUAGGAACUUUGAGAAGCGAUUCUUCAGCGAGGAUGACCUGAACAUGAAGAAUCUGCAUUUGAGCCGCAAAUCGAUUAAACUCUUCCAGGAGCGUCGCUCUGUCGCCAAGGUCAACGCAGCUGCCACGCCCAGUGGCACGCCCACUCCGAAGAGGGGCAAGCGACCGCCUCUUGCACCCCUGAAUGCGAAAAAAGUCAGUUUCAGCAACACCACCAUGCAAAUGUACAAUAAUGGUGGCUACGAGACCAGUGAAUUCUAGCAUUCAAGUAUUACGUGUUAUACAAUGUGAAUCUUUUAACUAUCUGUGCAUCCCACGUAACUACAUACUACUAACUAUGCAAUUCUGUAACCUUAAAAGCCCUGUGGCAAAAAAAUAUAA